AUAACCUUCUCAGAGUCUCCUCUCAGCUGCUCGGAGGAAGCUUUUGCACGGCACCUCUUUUCCCCAGCGUCGGGAGCUGCUAACAAGUGCCAGGCUGGAAGUGGCUUGGGAGAGCAGGGGGGACCAGUAGGAGUUGAAGAGAAAUUAGUUGGGCUUCAAACACUUUCACUCAUCAACAUCAUUCCUCCCCCGAUUCCUGCCAAACCUCAGCUGGGGUAAUUGCACUUAAGAAUGAACAUUGAAGACAAGCUGGGAGGAUUAUUUCUUAAAUGUGGUGGCAUAGACCAGAUGCAGUCAUCCAGGGCUAUGGUAGGGAUGGGUGCAGUAUCUGACCAGUCUGGAGUAUCGCGAGAACGGCAAGAGGCAGUGCUUCAAGAUCGGACUAUGCCGCACCAAGAAAUUCUUGCAACAGAUGAAGUGUUACAGGAAAGUGAACUUCGACAGCAAGAGAUGAUUUCACAUGAUGAACUCAUGGUCCAUGAGGAGACGGUAAAAAAUGAUGAUGAAAUGGAUGCACAAGAUAGACUUCCUCAAGGGCUGCAGUAUGCUGUUAAUGUCCCUAUCAGUGUAAAGCAAGAAAUUACCUUUACUGAUGCAUCUGAACAACAGAAACGAGACAAAAAACAAAUACGAGAGCCAGUAGAUUUGCAGAAAAAGAAGAAAAGAAAACAGCGUUCACCAGCAAAAAUCCUUACAAUAAAUGAGGAUGGAUCACUUGGUCUGAAAACCCACAAAUCUCAUGUUUGUGAGCAUUGCAAUGCUGCCUUUAGAACCAACUACCAUUUACAGAGACAUGUCUUCAUUCAUACAGGUGAAAAACCAUUUCAGUGCAGUCAGUGCGACAUGCGUUUCAUACAGAAGUACCUGCUACAGAGGCAUGAGAAGAUUCAUACUGGUGAAAAGCCAUUUCGUUGUGAUGAAUGUGGUAUGAGGUUUAUUCAGAAGUAUCACAUGGAAAGGCACAAAAGAACUCACAGUGGAGAGAAGCCUUACCAGUGUGAAUAUUGUUUGCAGUAUUUCUCCAGGACCGAUCGUGUGCUGAAACACAAACGUAUGUGCCAUGAGAACCGCGAGAAGAAACCCAACAGAAGUGCCACCAAAGUUGGCUUUUUGCCAUCGGAGGAAGAUUCCGGUUUCUCCACGCCUCUGAAAGACAGCUCCUUGCCAAAGAAGAAAAGGCAGAAAACAGAGAAAUCAAAAUCUGGGGAUAAGGAAAGUUCAGAUAAAUCAGAACACAAGAAGGACAAAAGUGACUAUUUGCCUUUGUACUCUUCUAGUACUAAAGUAAAAGAUGAAUACAUGGUAGCGGAAUAUGCUGUUGAGAUGCCGCAUUCUUCAGUCGGUGGGUCGCACUUAGAGGAAGCCAAUUCUGGAGAAAUACACCCACCGAAGCUGGUUCUCAAAAAGGUCAACAAGAGGAGUCUAAAGCAGCCACUUGAGCAAAGUCAAACCAUUUCACCUUUAUCUACAUAUGAAGACAGCAAGGUUUCGAAGUACGCCUUCGAUCUUGUGGAUAAGCAAAGUUUACUGGACUCUGAAGGUAAUGCUGACAUUGAUCAAGUCGACACAUUACAGGAAGGGCCCAGUAAACCUGUACACAGCAGCACUAAUUAUGAUGAUGCAAUGCAGUUUUUGAAGAAAAAGAGGUAUCUACAAGCAGCUAGUAACAACAGUCGAGAAUAUGCCUUGAAUGUAAGUACCAUAGCAUCUCAACCUUCAGUAACGCAGGCAGCUGUGGCCAGUGUCAUUGAUGAAACUGCUACAGCCUCAAUACUGGACACACAGGCACUGAAUGUUGAAAUUAAAGGUAACCAUGACAAAAAUGUCAUUCCAGAUGAGGUACUGCAAACUCUUUUAGAUCAUUAUUCACACAAGGCUAAUGGACAGCAUGAGAUCUCUUUCAGCGUGGCUGACACAGAAGUGACCUCUAGUAUAUCCAUCAAUUCCGCUGAAGUAUCUGAGGUGACCCCAUCUGAGACGGUUGGAACAAGCUCUCAAGCUUCCUCAUCAGAUAAAGCUAGUAUGUUACAAGAAUAUUCAAAGUUUUUACAGCAAGCUUUGGACAGAACUAGCCAAAAUGAUGCCUAUUUGAACAACCCGAGCCUUAAUUUUGUGACUGAUAACCAGACACUUACAACCCAGCCAGCAUUUCCUUCCAUGGAGAAGGUCUACACAUCUAUACCCGUCAAUAGCUUUCGGUCGGGGAUGAACUCUCCAUUAAGAACAACUCCAGACAAGUCUCACUUUGGACUAAUGGUUGGUGAUUCUCAGCACCCUUUUCCCUUUUCAGGUGAUGAGGCAAAUCAUUCUUCUUCCUCUUCUACACAGGACUUCUUGGAUCAAGUAACUUCUCAGAAGAAAGCAGAGGCACAGUCUGUUCAUCAAGCAUAUCAAAUUAGCUCCUUUGAGCAGCCCUUUAGAGCUCAGUACCAUGGGGCAAGAGCUGGAAUAUCCUCUCAGUUUAGCACUGCCAAUGGACAGGUGAACCUUCGGGGACCAGGGACAAGUGCUGAUUUCCCAGAAUUUCCCUUGGUGAAUGUAAAUGAUAGCAGAGCUGGGAUGACUUCUUCACCUGAUGCCACAACGGGCCAGACUUUUGGCUAAGAAAUCUUUGUAAAUAAUACUGGCACUUUAGAACACAUUUGUCAAAAGGGGGUUGCUCUGUAUAAGAUGGAGUUCUGUACAGCUUUUAAGAGCGCUAUGUUAAAACAGAAGUAAGCUGAUAUUAGCAAGACCAAUAACUGCUUCUUUUUUCUUUUUUUCUUUUUUUAAAAAAAAUUGUUUGUUAGCCAUCAGUCAUUGAACUGCCUGAUGUUGGUGCCCCUAUCAAAGGCAGUUUAUUAUUCACAUGUUUGAAUCCAGAAAAUAUUUUACCUUCUUUACCUGAAAUUUUAAAAUAAACAAAAUCCCCAGGUAAGACUUUCCCCCAUGAUUGUUUCCUUGCUGGUUUCCUUUUAUGCUUUGGGAGGACAGUUUUUUUUCUAAUACUAUUCACAAUGUCAUUUCUAAGCUUGUCAGCAUAGUUGUUGCUCUUCAGCAGGGAAUCAACAUGUACUAAACACACAGAAUAAACAAGUAAGUUUUGGAAGUCAAACAAAUGUGCUUUAAAAGAAAGCAUUUUCUAGAAAAAUCUUCAGUCUCUCUCAAAAAUAAUUUUAGACCAUGUGCCCUUUAUUUCUGCUUUGCAUUACCUUGAGUUAUGUUGGGAGGGAAAGAAAGUGAAUUCUGAUAGACUAACUCUACUAUUUAAAAGUCUAAUUAAUUUAAAAUACUUUAAACACUUUUUUAAGCAAAAUGCCUAACUGCUAAAGCCUUUACUUCAUUCCAGAAGUAAUGUGUAUUUCUUUGUACAGCUGAAUCUAGAUGUAACUUUUUAAUGACUUUUUCAUAUGCAGAAACCAAGAUUUUGAAGUUUUAGUUAAAAUACUCUGUAGAUGACAUUCCCAAUUGCAAAAUGCUUACACAAACAGUGUAUUCCAAGAUUUAAAAGCUUAAUUGUACCUUACCCUACAUACUCAUAACGAUUAACAUAGAGCACUUAGCCAACUUUAUAGUUUUUGAUUUCUCAAAAUAUAAAACCAUUUUUAGAUGUUUAGGUUUGAUACGGUUUCAUCAUUUUCAUCUCAUACAGCAGCUCCAGUAAUUCUUUUCCAUAUACUUGAGAUUGGGUAUUUUUAGCUUCUCUAAAAACUGUUUUAAUUCUCUGUCUAGAAUUUUGACAAUUCCAAUUAUUAAUUUUAUUGAAGUAUCCCUGAAAGCUGAAGAAGUGGGCAUUCAAAUUCCCUAUUUUUUAGUGUUUGCUUAGUAAAAGUCACUACAAUUUGACAAACCCAAACUGGUGAAUGAUGCUAGUGAAUGGGAUUUUUUUUUCCAGCCUAGGAGAGUGAUCAGAAGUUUUCAUUGCAUUUCACAGUAUAAAUAAACUGCAGAGUUUAUCCCUGUACCAUGAAUAUGUUUUUUUGAAUAGUACUUUGUCUUGAAGUAUACAGUAUGGUACGAUAAGUAGUUCUGUGUGCAUUUUUAAGGUGGUAAGAUUUUGAGUAGCCUAACUAUUGUGUAAUUUAAGUUAACAAGUUUCAGAUUUUUGAACUGUAUGUUCAUUCUAUUUGCACCUUCCCUAAAGGGACACUGUCUGGUAGUUCAAGGCAGUUUAAGCCUCAUGUAGGCUGAUUAACCAGGGAAAAAUACACACACACACACACACACACACACACACACACACACACACAUAUAGGUAGGUGUGUGUGUGGUGGUUUUUAAAAUAGGAUUUCAUCCAGGUUUUUACAGCACUGUUGCUAGCUAGUAUCUCUCAGAUAAAGCCAUCAGGUAGGAGAAAAGGCUGCAUCUCAAGGGGCUAAAAUAUAUCCUAUCUUUUAAGAAAGGACUUGAGCAGGACCCAGAACAGUUCCCACCUCUUACCAAAGCAGUAGCAAUAUUUUUCUGAAUUUUCGUUACCAGGAAACUGAUCCACUUUGUCUUUUCCCUUAUGGGAGCACUACUACAGCACUAACUUCACUUGGUACAGUUGAGGGAGAAAGGGCAUUGAUUAUCCAUAGCCUGCUUCUUCUGUUGGCAAGAAUACAAUUUAUACAAACUAAUUUCUUAAUGCUUUUGUAUAAGAAAGCAGGCUCUUUUGAUUUGUUGACCCUGUGUGUAAUACAGUAAGGCAUUUCAGCAUGCUGUGACUUACCAGUAAUUUUGUCUGAAUAUUUGGCCACGACUUGAAAAGAGUGGGCAUCAAGGGAGAAGAGUAAAUUCCUUAUGGAUUAUUAAUGAUACAUGUAAAGAAAUUUCUUUGAAAGAAUAUUUUUAAACUGAUUCGUGGUCUCUCUGUUUUUUUUUUUUCCUUUAUGGUCAAUUUGGUUUUUUGACUUUCCAUUGUGUGUUGCACAGAAAUAACAUAAAGGGUCCCUAUAUCCCAGGAAACCACCUCUUGUAAGGCAUACUUUGUGUUCAGUGUCCAUUUCCAUGACAUCCUAGCUUGUAGUGCCUGAAUAAUACUGUGUUGGCACUUUUGUUCCUAUGCCCUUAGGUUGCAAGGAGAUGGCAAUUGUGCUAUUUGUUAAAUAUAGCAAGGAACAAAAGAGAAAAAAAAAAGAAAAAAAAGGCUGGGUUAUUACUGUGUUACUGCACUGCUGUGGGCCCACAGGGAGGUAAGAGGAAUGAAGCCUCCUUCUCCCUAAGGGGACUGACUCAGCUUUAUUCAAAAAAAGUUGCUGCAUUGACAGUCUGGUGUGAGAAUGUGAUGGAGGACUCGGGGGGAGUGGCCGUGCCACUGUCACACUGGGGCACCUCCCCGAGGUGUGUGGGGAGCAGGCUGGCUGCUGCACGGACUGAAGGAGCCUGCUCUUCCCUGCAGCCAGGGGGGAUCCCCAGAGGAACUGCUGUUCCUUCCACCCCAGCCCAUUCCCUAGCCUGCUGCUGAGCCAUUCCAGCUGCGCUCUGUGCCUUAGGACAGGCUGCAAGUGCCCUAAGCCACAGGGACUGUCUUGUAGGGUUCUUCCACGUGUACAAUUAAUGCAGUGCUGUGAGUAGUUGAUCUGCUGAUGCUUGAAGCUUUCUGCACUGGAGGAGUUAGCCAAAUGUACUGCUGUGAUUUCCUGAGUGCAUCCCCUUCUAUCCUGGAAUAAGUGUUUAUGUAGUUCUGGGAGGUUUAGCUCUGUAAAAAGCUCAUGCUUGUUUAAUAAUGGCAUUAUUUAAUAGCGUUUUUCAUUGCUCACGUUUUGCUGCUUUUAGUCUGCUGCAGAUGCACACUCUUCAUGUUGAUCUGGUCAUUUUUGUUAGUUUCUUUGUAUGUGUGGAAAAAAGCAGCUUUGGUUGUCCGUUCUGUUCUUGUGCUGUCAGUGUAAGGCUGGGGUGAGCCUGGAGAUUCCCCUGAGCUAACAGCAGCCAUUCCUACCCAAAGUUAUGUGAGCACCAGAUAUGUGUGUGUGUGUAAGGUGGAAUUUUUGGGGAUAUCUACUAGUGAUAGCGCAAUGAUAAUUUUGAAAAAGAAGAAAUUGAUGACAUUUAUUACCAAGCUCUCUCUCUCUCUACAUAUAUAUAUAUAUAUAUAUACAAAAUACAUAUAUAUAUAUAUACACACACAUGCACUUAUUAAUAGGCCAUAUUUUGGUCCUAAAUUACUUGACAGUGUCCCUUUUAGCAUGAAUCUUUUGAUAUGUUUUGCCAUUAAUAUAACAGACAAUGAAGGAAUCAGCUUGUAAUGGUAUACUAAUAGGCAUUUACAUUUUCUUCAUUUGAUUUGAGAAUGAAUUAAUCAUAAAUGACAAGCUUUGGGGAGAAGGAUUAACCAUGUGUAUUACUGUAUGUUGGUUUACAAAUAACAGCAUAAACAAUUUAAAUUGGAUUAUAAAAGAACCAUGUUUAUGAUCUUGUGUCUCCUAGUGUUGUCUUUAGGAAAAUUGUGUUUCAAGAAAAAAAUAGGACAAGAAAGCAUUCAUGUGAAAUAACACUUGUAUUAUUUUUAUAUUGUACUUGUUGGUUUUUUUGGAUGAUGGGAGCUUUUCAUUGUUAAUUGAGAAGUACAGUAAAAUCUUGCUAAUUCGCUGACCUCUAAACAGAGCAUCUGACAGGUUUCUCCACCCCUCAUGGUCCUUUCCCACCUCUCUGCAGUGGUCUAAAAAGUACUGUAGCAAGGUCUCACACAGUAAUACUGUACUGCUUCACCCAAGUAUACUACAGCAUCUCUAUUAGUAUACUAGGAGGUAGAAGGAGUAUUGAAAACUAAAUUGCAGUUGUCAAAAUAAAUUAACAAAGUACUUUUUGUGAUGUGAAA